CCACAUCUUGUUUCCCUUAGAACAGCGUUAGGUUGUUGCUGUCUGUUGGUGUCUGUGUGGCUCUCGCACCCGUAACUUGACUUCUACACUGUGAGUUUUUAUAGGAUCAGAUCAGCCAUCUGAGGACAUGUUAUGGCUUGGCUGACCCCCCUCCUUAUCAUCUGGCUUCAGGUGUUAUGUACACUAUGUCAGGCCAAUAAACAAGCCUCUUUAAAGUUUGCUGGGAUCGGAGACUGGGGUGGUCUUCCCUUUUACCCCUACUACACUUCACAUGAGAUUGACACAGCGAAUGAACUCGGCAGGAUUGCGGAGAUCUCGGGCCUGGACUUUGUCCUCAGUCUGGGAGAUCAUUUCUACUUCAGUGGUGUCAAGGAUGUAGAUGACGAACGCUUUAAGUUUACCUUUGAGAAUGUUUUCUCCCACCCUGCUCUGAUCGCUGUACCAUGGUACCUGGUAGCAGGAAAUCAUGAUCACCGUGGAAACGUGUCAGCCCAGAUUGCCUACUCCGACAGAUCUGAAAGAUGGAUCUACCCGGACCUCUACUAUGAGCUGAACUUCAAGGUUCCCCGCAGUAAUGCUUCCAUCACCAUUCUGAUGACUGACACGGUGGUUUUGUGUGGGAAUACCUAUGAUGGACUUGAUCCUGUGGCUCCGGAGGAUGUUGUUGCUGCAAACCAACAGUGGAAAUGGAUUGAGCAGAAACUUCAAAAAACAAAGUCUGAAUUUGUCAUUGUGGCCGGUCACUAUCCAGUUUGGUCAAUUGGUCAUCAUGGACCGACCAAGUGUCUGAUAUCAAAGCUCAGGCCUUUACUAAAGAAGUACAAUGUCUCUUUAUAUCUGUGUGGUCAUGAUCAUAGCCUGCAGUUUAUCAAAGAAGAUGAUGGAAGUUCGUAUGUGGUCAGUGGAACUGGAAUAAAUGAGGAUAUUUUUAAAGACCACCAGAAGAGUUUUCCAUCAUCCUGGCAAUUGUUCUCCAACGCUGUCAACGAGACGACAGGAGCGUUUGCGUACUUUGAGGUCCAUACGAGUGAAAUGCUGAUAAGUUACAUCCAGCCAGAUGGGAAAUGUGUGUACCAGACUUCAAUGCCCAAACGCAGACUCUGACAUGAUUCUAUUCAGAAAGGUUUGCUUUAAACACACAACACACACUGUGUUUACGUUUUAAUACCUGCUUUUCUUGCAUUUGUACAAUUAUUUUAAAGUGUAAAAAUAUGAUUUGCUGUAUUAAAAAACAGGUUUAAAGUGUUAUGUGUCAU